CCCGCCAUUUGCUGUUUAUCUAUCUGCUUCCUCUCUCUAGGGCUUUUUUGGUUCAAAUUAUUCUCUCCUCGGAACAGUUACUAGAUAUUCCUCAAAUCCCAACGGUCAGAGUUUGAAUUGUCCAGCACUUCGAAGUAAAUGUCUGCUGAUAGUAAUCAAUAAGCAGUUUAUCACCAAGCACAUAAUUGAUUCCAUGUCGAGCUCGAGUAGAAAUGGCGGCAUCCCCCGCGGCAUAUCCCUCUCCAGCAUAGUUCAUUCGGAAGUCGCGCCAUGUUUGCCGUUACCGUCGCUGCCGGUGUGCUGCGGAGCUGUAGAGCAGGAGCUACGGUUAUCCAGUGAGCAGAGCGAGCCGAGAUCAUUAAAUCGGAGAGAGGUCCUGAACCAGGCUAGCAGGAUUGCUGAUAUACUUCGGAACACUGACUUAUCUUAUCUGAAUCUUCGUGCUGAUGUGGCUCCUCAACCGUGUGGCUCUGUAGGGCAUAUUGAUCUGCAUGAUGUAGUUCUUAGAUGCAAUUCUGAAGCAUUUGAUUGCAGAGCUCCAGGUUCUAAGGAGCCUCCACAAAACAAUAAAUCAACUGAUGCUAAACAAUUUGGGAGUAGACAUUUCUUUGAACAACCGCAGAGAGAUAUUCCAGAAAUUCACUAUAAUCAGCAUGAUUAUCUUCGUAAUGAGGCACCUACAUCUUCUAGAAAAGUAAGGGGAAAGAAGAAAGCAAAUGAUGAGACUCUAAUGCCAAGCGGUUCUAAUGCUUCUGCUAAUCAAGAUGCUGUAGUAACAAGCUUCCAUAAGAUUUUGGAAGACCUUUGUGGGAAGGCAAAAGUAAAUGAUGAUGAGAGGGAGGAAGCAGAGUGGAUACCGUUGUCUGUUGCUGAUCUUAGAGGGCUUGUAAAUGAGAUUGUGAUAGUCCGAACUAAAAAAGUGCUACAUUUGGUUCAAGUAGAUAUUCUUGUGACAAUGUUGAAGGUGUUAGAUCAACAAAUUCAUAGAGCAGAAGGUUUAUCCAUUAAUGAAUGUGAACACACAGAUUCUGAGUCCCUUUCAUCUAUUUAUGGUGCAUUGGAGUCCGUUCAUGCAUCUUUGGCAAUUAUGGCUUACAAUGGAAUGCCUAAGCAGCUCUAUAAAGAAGAGAUCAUUGAGAGAAUCUUGGAAUUUUCGAGGCAUCAAGUCAUAGAUGUGAUGCUGGCUUCUGAUCCUGUGUACCGUGCACUGCAUAGACCAAUGGAGAAUGGGAAUCUUGAAGAUGAAGAUGAUGAUGAGGUUAAUGAAGAAUUUGGUUCAGCAAGUAAGAAGAAGAGGUCUGCAAGAACUGUGAAAUUAAGAAAGUCAGCAUCAAACAAGGUGUCUUCUGCUCUGAAUAGUAUACUUCAAAAACUUUGUGUCAUUCUUGGAUUUCUCAAGGAUUUAUGUUCAGUAGAGCGCUUGUCAGAUAGUUGCAUUCUUCAACUCGUGAAAACAUGCUUCACUACACUCACAGUUGAAAAUAUACAUCUUUUGCAAUUGAAAGCAAUCAGUUUGAUAAGUGGGAUAUUUUACAUGUACACAAAACAUCGUGUAUACAUGAUGGAUGAAGUACUCCAAGUUCUUCUGAAGCUUCCAUCCUCUAAGCGCAUACCUAGAACUUAUCACCUCCCUGAUGAAGAAAAUAGGCAGAUUCAGAUAAUUACUGCUUUGUUGCUACAGCUAGUUCACACUGGCUCGAACCUUCCAGAUGUUUUAAUGCAAUCAUUGUCCAAUAUUUCCUUAGAAGUCUCACUUGAUGCUAGUUGCCCUAGAGACUGCUAUGAAUUGGCUAAAGACGUGUGCUCUCUUUUCUGGAGUAGAGCUCUUGAGCGGCUGGCUAAUUCAAACAGUCAUGAAGCAUCUGACUUGAAGAUGGUGAUUGAGAAUAUAGUCAUGGAUCUUCUAAUCACUUUUAAUCUACCAGAGUACCCCGCCUCUGCUCUUCUUCUGGAGGUUCUUGUUGUUUUACUUCUUCACAAUAUUGGGCUGAAAUCCAAAGAUGUCUCCAUUCGUUCUAUAGGCAUUGAUCUUGUUGGUACCAUUGCAGCAAGGAUGAAGCAAGAUGCAGUGUUUGUUCAGAAGGAAACGUUUUGGAUAGUGAAGGGAUUGAUUUCUGGGGACAUUAAUGAUCACAGCUUUCCCCAGGGUGCAUGUUCUGUUUGUCUAGACACCAGGAAUGAAAAAUAUCUGGCUGUAUGCCAUGGUUGUGAGAGAGUAUUCCAUGCUGAUUGUAUAGGAGGUGGAAGGCAUGAACUUCCACACCGCAACUUUCAUUGUCAGAUGUGUGCCUCCAACAACCAAUUGCUUGCGUUGAAAUUACACUGUGAGUCCCAGGGCAUGGAUAGUAGCAAAAGUAAGCAUGAGCGUGAAAAGCCUUCCCAAGCUAACAAUUCAAUUACAAUUUUGGAGAUCAUUCAGCAGCUUCUCCUGACUUAUCUUGAAGAUGUUGAGUCUGGAGAUGAUUCACAUCUUUUUACCCGUUGGUUUUAUCUUUGUCGGUGGUACAAAGAUGACCCUGGUGCUCAAGAGAAGUUUUACUUCUAUCUCUCUAGGUUGAAAUCAAAAGCAAUCUUGCGUGAUUCUGGAUAUUCUUUGUCAUCUCUAACGAGGGAAUCAGUUAAGAAGAUAACUUUAGCACUGGCACAAAAGUGUUCCUUCUCUAGGGGAUUUAAGAAGAUUCUUCAUAUUCUCCUGGUCAGCUUACGAGAGAACUCACCUGUGAUCCGUGCCAAGGCAUUGCGAGCAGUCAGCAUAAUCGUAGAGGCUGAUCCAGAGGUUCUGUGUGAUGAGCAUGUCCAGAAAGCUGUCGAACAGAGGUUUUGUGACUCUGCUAUAUCCGUAAGAGAGGCAGCAUUGGAAUUGGUUGGCAGAUACAUUGCUUCACACCCCGAUGUUGGCUUAAAGUACUUUGUGAAGGUUGCAGAGAAAGUAAAGGAUAAUGGAGUAAGUGUGCGGAAACGAGCUAUUAAAAUCAUACGAGACAUGUGCUGCUCAAAUUCUAACUUCACAGAAUUUUCUAAUGCAUGCAUUGAGAUAAUUUCACGUGUUAAUGAUGAUGAGUCUAGUGUCCAGGAUCUUGUUUGCAAGACAUUUUAUGACUUCUGGUUUGAUGAAUCUUCUGGUUCACACAGUCAGUAUUUUGGAGAUGGGAGUUCUGUUCCAAUUGAGGUGUCUAAGAAAACAGAGCAGAUCGUUGACAUGAUGAGAAGGAUGCCAGAUCAUCAACCUCUUGUAACUGUGAUUAAACGUAAUCUAGCCCUUGAUUUCUUUCCUCAGUCAGCUAAAGCAGCCGGUAUCAACCCUGCAUCACUUGCUUCAGUUCGCAGACGUUGUGAGCUAAUGUGCAAGUGCUUGUUAGAGAAAAUACUACAGGUGGCAGAAAUGAAUUAUGGAGGAGAGGCACGGAUGCUUCCAUAUAUGUUGCUGCUACAUGUCUUUUGUGAGGUGGACCCCACUCUCUGUGCACCAUCUUCAGAUCCUUCUAGAUUUGUGAUCACAUUGCAACCCUAUUUAAAGAGUCAGGCUGAAAACCGAGUAGCUGCCCGUCUUCUGGAGAGUAUGGUAUUUGUAAUUGAUUGUGUUUUGCCUCUUCUCCGGAAGCUUCCUCAAAAUGUCACUAAUGAACUUGAACAAGAUCUGAAACAAAUGAUUGUCAGGCAUUCUUUUUUGACUGUUGUCCAUGCUUGCAUCAAGUGUCUCUGCUCUGUAAGUAAAGUAGCAGGAAAAGGUGCAAGUGUUGUUGAAUACCUUCUCCAGAUAUUCUACAGGAGAUUGGAUAGCCUUGGUUUUUGUCUUGAUAAUAAGCAGCAAGUUGGCAGAUCUCUCUUCUGUCUGGGUUUGCUAAUACGCUAUGGUAGCUCUUUAUUGAGUGCAUCCCAACAGGCCAGCGACAAGAAAUUAACAAGAACCCUUGAUGUGUUUAAAAAAUAUUUUCAGUCAGACGAUUAUGGGAUCAAGGUUAGAUCUUUACAGGCACUUGGAUAUGUUCUAAUUGCCCGGCCUGACUUUAUGCUGAGAGAAGAAGUGUGUAAAAUUUUGGAGGAAACACUUUGUUCUAGCACUGAUACACAUGUCAAGAUACAAUCAUUGCAAAACAUGUACGAAUAUCUUCUGGAUGCGGAAAGCCAGAUGGGAGAAGAUAAAACUGGUGAAAGUGAAGUUAAUAAAUCAACAGACAGUAGCCAUUGUGUACCUGUAGCUGCUGGUGCAGGUGAUACCAACAUCUGUGGAGGCAUAGUUCAGUUUUUUUGGGACAAAAUCUUAGGAAGGUCUUUAGAUGUAAACAAAGAAGUACGCCAGUCUGCUCUUAAGAUUAUGGAGAUUGUGCUGCGUCAAGGCCUAGUCCAUCCCAUUACUUGUGUCCCAUACCUCAUAGCACUAGAGACAGAUCCAGAAGAGCAGAAUUCAAACCUGGCACAUCAUUUAUUGAUGAACAUGAACGAAAAAUAUCCAUCCUUUUUUGAGAACCGCCUCGGAGAUGGGCUGCGAAUGUCUUUCCAGUUCAUGCAAGCCAUGGGUGGAGGUGCAUCAGACCGUCAAUUUGCCAGAUCCCGUCUUAAAGAACCUGUAAAUGUAUUACCAAAUUCAGAUACUGGCUCUUUUACCUUUGCAAGGAUCGGUGUUUCACGAAUUUACAAACUCAUCCGUGGGAACCGAGUUUCGAGAAACAAGUUCAUGGCUUCAGUUGUACGCAAAUUCGAUACGCCAAGCUGGGAUGGUGUGGUUAUCCCUUUUCUGAUAUACUGCACUGAAAUCCUUGCUUUGCUACCGUUCAUGUUGCCUGAUGAGCCACUCUAUUUGAUCUAUACCAUAAACCGUGUUAUCCAAGUGAGAGCUGGAAAUGUUGAGGCAAAUCUGAAGGGCUUUCUUCAUUUUCUUCAAGGAGGAGAAGUUAACUUGAAUGGAAUUGAGAGCAUUCAGAGAGUGGCAACUCAGUCUCAGUCCGUCAUGUAUCAUUCUGGAGGAGGUUUUGAAGGUAGAGUUAUGCAGGAGGAAUUAAAAGCUGGUCAAGGAUGUAACGAUCAUGUGCCAUUGGAUUUAAAUGAGACCUCCUUGAGAAGUUUACAUGGCUUAUCAAGUGUUGAUUUGCAGCAAAUUCAGGUGGACUUUCUACAAGCUGGCGCACUACAACUGCUGCUUAGGCUAAAGAGGCACCUAAAGAUUAUUUAUGGCCUGAAUGAUGCUCGUUGCCAGGAAUAUUCUCCCAAUGAACCUCCAAAACCAGGGGAAACUCUAUCAAGGCAGAGUAUUCAAUUCAAUGUGAGUGACAUAAUUAUUGAUCCCCCAAAUACAUAUGAAGAGUUCACCAGGCGUUACCAAGACUUCAAGAAUGCAAUGAAGGAAGACACUCUUGACUAUGCAAUCUACACAGCAAAUAUAAAAAGGAAACGACCUUCUCGUUCGACUCCAAGAAAACGACCUGGAAGAUCCAGACAAAUAGGCGACGGGGAUGACUCUGAUAACGAAGAUGACGAUGACUGGAUGGGCAGCGGGGCCCGUAGGAAGAAUAGCAUCACCAGAAAAACGGAUAUCAUGACUAGGCAGAGGUUGCAGUUGUAAAUGCUUGCAGGUAAAAACUGACAGUAUUGUAUAUAGCAGUUAGGAAGCACAGAAAGCAACAAAGUAGACAAAAAACGGAGGUGAGAUAACGAAAAUAAGAGAGAUACAUCUCCUCUUUGCAAGGAUUUGCUGCUUUUGCUCACGGGUUUCUUUUGUCUGUGCCCUGCACAAGGUAAACUUACAAGUCCCAUUACUAUGUGCUCUGAUUCCCUGCGACCUUAGAAGUCAUGGUGUCUGGAGGUACAUAUUCAAACUAGCCGUGUUUUGGAGAUGCACCUUGGUGCAAGUUCCCUUCGGCUGGGUUUUUUUUGUUUUUUGGGGGCAUCAACUAUUAGUGAAUCUAUAUAUUGUACAUUGUCCUGUUAGGAAAUUUAAUCAUAGAAAUGAAAUCACGCAUGUUCUUUUCUUUGUAUAGGCAUGCUUAUGUUUUUUUUAAAAGAAUAAGCAUGUGUUUUUUUAAAAAAUUAUUAGCCAUAGUCGUGUUGUACAAGCUGCAAUUUGAAGUGCUCCUUCCAAUGAUUCUAACAUAUGAUUGAUGAUUGAUAUCAAUUAUGUACCUCUAGUAGUUCUCUAAUAAAGGCUGUUUCAGUGAUGAAACUGGAAGUAUUACACCCUUCGGAUACAUGGUAUUUAUGAUUGUAUUUAUG